CCGGCAAACGCCUUCUUUACAGCAGAACGACGGGGCGGCUGCCCCCCGCCGCUACCUCCCUCACGGGCGUGACGCAGCGCCCCACGGCCGGGCCGACGCUCCGCCCGGCACCAGCGAGAGGCGGGGCCGGGACAGGGCCGGCUGCCCCCGCCUCGCUGUGCCCCGGCACGGGCGGCUCUGGCGGCGGUCGGGGCGCUCCCCUCCGCCCUGGCGGCUCGGCCGUUCGAGAGGGGCGGCUCUCGCGAGAGGCGGCGCCAUGGGGGUGCACGGCGUCAAGGCGGUGUUCUUCGACUUGGACAACACGCUGAUCGACACGGCGGCGGCGGGGCGGCGCGCCAUCGAGGAGGUGAUAAACGCGCUGCAGUCCAAGCACCACUACGGUGAGGGCGAAGCCCGCCUCAUUUGCGACAAGGUGCAGGCCAAGCUCCUCAAGGAGUGUCACGAUCCCGCCAAGAUGUGCAUCACCGACCUGCGCAUCUCGCACUGGGAGGAGGCGAUCCAAGAGACGAUGGGCGGCGAGGCCAACCGCGACCUGGCCGCCGAGUGCUACUUCCUGUGGAAAACCACCCGGCUGCAGCACCUCACGCUGGCCGAGGACACGCGGGACAUGCUGACCGAGCUGCGGAAAGGGCUCCGCCUGCUGCUCCUCACCAACGGCGACAAGCAGACGCAGCGGGAGAAGAUCGAGGCGUGCGCCUGCCAGCCCUACUUCGAUGCCAUCGUUGUGGGAGGAGAGCAGAAAGAAGAGAAGCCGGCGCCAUCCAUAUUUCGUUACUGUUGCGAUCUCCUGGGGGUGCAGCCCGCGGAGUGCGUUAUGGUCGGGGACUCUCUAGAUACAGAUAUUCAAGGAGGCCUGAAUGCUGGUUUGAAAGCAACUGUCUGGUUAAACAAAGCAAUGACAACCCCAGUAGAUACCUCCCCAGUACCUCAUUAUAUUAUUUCUUCUGUUCUGGAUCUUCCAGCAGUUUUACAGAAGAUGGAGCACAAAAUUAAUGCUAAGUUAGGAACUGACCAUACAGCUGGUAGUAAUGAAGCACACUGACGAUUCCAGCAUAUGAUCAGGGACGUGCUGAGCUGUUAGGUGACUCACGCUCUUGUUAAAAAUUUGACCCUAGGAUUUUGAACUAAUGUGUGGUAUGUUGCUUUUUUUUAAAAAAUAGCAGGUGAAUUAAUUUUUACAGAUGUCAGUGAAAACAGGAUAAAACCAAGGAGUUAGCAGAUGCAUGUGCAGUUAAUUUAAAACAACUGCCUCUGGGAAUUAUUUUGGCAGACCAUGGCUAAAGUCUAUCUGUCUCUGACUUAAGUUGCCAGUCUCUUGUUUAAAUAGUGGAAAAGAAAAUGUGAAUGUUUUUAUCUUUCACAUGCUUUGCUGACUUGUAAGUUUAGCAGAAGCUUCAGACCUUGUUUGCAGUGUGUAAAAAAAAAAAAAAAAAAAAGGUGAGAAAGAGCGUGGUACAGUCUAGUAAAUAUUCACAGUUGGUCUGCAGUUCUACUCAGGAACUGGAGUGAAUUUUGCUAUUUAUAAAACCAGAAUUUAUUAACAGAAUUUAUUACAUAUCAGACCACUAGAAAAUGCUCUACCUUUGAUAUUUUUUCAAGUUUUAGAAUUUUUUUUCAGACUUUGCAGUGACUUUUCUUUUGUGGAAUCUGUACCUCUUUCCAAAAGUACUUAAAUGUACAUUAAAAAAAUGAAUUUGUAUAGGGGACCAUUUAUCAAAGAGACUUGAUGGAUAAGUUUUUAUAUUAUCUUGGUGCUUAUACAGAUAUGUGUGAUAUUUUCAAUGGUCUUCUUACUGUACUGUGAAACUCUUUAAAAGCUAAUAUUAUUGUUCUGUCUGAUUUUAUUUGUGAAGUUUGAUCAGACCUUUUGUAAAAACUGUUACUGGUCUUGCUCAGGUGUAUGACUACUCAGAUUCAGCUGCAGGAUCAGUGCUUUUUUGACUGUUUUAAUGGCACUGCUAUACAAUCCCUCCUUACUCCAGUUUCUACAUGUAUGUCAUGUCGUUUGCUCUGGAGAAAAUAAGAGCUGGUUGUUUGUAAGUGGCUUUCAUGACUCUCUUCCAGGAAACUGGAAAAUAAUGUCAUAUGUAUUACAGUACUGUGUACAACUUUGUAAUGUCUAUGUGCUACUUCCACUAGAUUGAGGAGACGACUCUAUAAACACUAAGAUUUCUCUUUCACAGAUCAUGAUCUUAAUAAUUUAUUUUUUUCUGUACUUCAUAUUCUUACUAUAUGAUGAGGAUGUAUUCACAUAUUAAAUGGAAAUGUAAACACUUGUUGGAAAA